CCGAGGCCCGGGCGGCCGGCGCGGGCGCCGCGGCACGUCCGCAGGCUCCGCCGGGAGGUGGCGGCCGCUGAGAGGCGGGAGAGCCGAGGGCGGGCCAGGGAGGCGGCCCGGAGGUGGGGCGGCACCGGGGGGCCGGCCCGCGCGGGCUUCAUCUGAGGGCGCGCGGCCUGCGCCCGGGUGCUGGCAACUGGGAGGCGCGGGCGAACGAGCUGCCGGAGCGGCUAUGGGCCGCGGCUGGGGCUUCCUGAUCGGCCUGCUGGGCGCCGUGGGGCUCUUGGGCGCCGGCCACGGCGGGCAGCAAGCCUCGGAGACGGCGGCGCAGAGGUGCUUCUGCCAGGUUAGCGGUUACUUGGAUGAUUGUACCUGUGAUGUUGAAACCAUUGAUAAAUUUAAUAACUAUAGGCUUUUCCCAAGACUACAGAAACUCCUGGAAAGCGACUACUUUAGAUAUUACAAGGUGAACCUGAAGAAGCCUUGUCCUUUCUGGAAUGAUAUCAACCAGUGUGGAAGGAGGGAUUGUGCUGUUAGACCUUGUCAAUCGGAUGAAGUUCCUGACGGAAUUAAAUCUGCAAGCUACAAGUAUUCUGAGGAAGCCAAUAAUCUCAUUGAAGAAUGUGAACAAGCUGAACGACUGGGUGCAGUGGAUGAAUCACUGAGUGAGGAGACCCAGAAGGCCGUCCUUCAGUGGACCAAACAUGACGAUUCUUCAGAUAACUUCUGUGAAGCCGACGAUAUCCAGUCCCCAGAUGCCGAGUAUGUAGAUUUGCUGCUGAAUCCCGAGCGUUACACAGGUUAUAAAGGACCAGAUGCCUGGAAGAUAUGGAAUGUCAUCUAUGAAGAAAACUGCUUUAAGCCACAGACCAUUAAAAGGCCAUUGAGUCCUUUGGCUUCCGGUCAAGGUAAAAGUAAAGAGAACACUUUUUACAGUUGGUUAGAAGGUCUGUGUGUGGAAAAAAGAGCAUUCUACAGACUUAUAUCUGGCCUCCAUGCAAGCAUCAAUGUGCAUUUGAGUGCAAGAUAUCUUUUACAAGAUACCUGGUUGGAUAAGAAAUGGGGACACAACAUCACGGAGUUCCAGCAGCGAUUUGAUGGGGUUUUGACAGAGGGUGAAGGACCAAGAAGGCUGAAGAACCUGUAUUUUCUCUACCUGAUAGAACUAAGGGCUCUAUCCAAAGUGCUACCUUUCUUUGAGCGUCCAGAUUUCCAGCUGUUCACCGGAAACAAAAUUCAGGAUGCCGAAAACAAGAAGUUACUUCUGGAAAUACUUCAUGAAAUCAAGUCAUUUCCUUUGCACUUUGACGAGAAUUCAUUUUUUGCUGGGGAUAAAAAAGAGGCGCACAAACUGAAGGAGGACUUUCGACUACAUUUUAGAAACAUCUCAAGAAUCAUGGACUGCGUUGGUUGUUUCAAAUGCCGACUCUGGGGAAAGCUUCAGACUCAGGGUUUGGGUACUGCUCUGAAGAUACUGUUUUCUGAGAAACUGAUAGCAAAUAUGCCAGAAAGUGGACCCAGUUAUGAAUUCCAUCUCACCAGACAAGAAAUAGUAUCAUUAUUUAAUGCAUUUGGAAGAAUUUCUACAAGUGUGAGAGAAUUAGAAAACUUCAGGAACUUGUUACAAAAUAUUCAUUAAAGGAAACAAGUUGAAACGUGCCUGUUUCUGGACAGUGGAGGCCAAAGAGUGGAUGUCAUUCCAAGGCAUACAGAAGUGACAGUCUUCAGCCAAACCUUUUAUAUAAAGCUGCUUUUGUAAAAGGAAAAUUAUAUUGUUUCAAGUAAACAGUUUUUUUUUUUUUAAUUGUACUAAGUCUGUAUAAUAUUGUGAGUAAAAAGUAAACUUUGAUAAUGUGGUACAAAUUUUAAAAUUUAAUAGUGGAUAAAAGCAGGAUUAUCAAAUACAUGUAUGAUAAGACUACAUAAAUUAUGUUUUAAGCCUUUUAAACUAGAGUUUCCUGUAAGAAAACAUAAUAUAAAUAAAACUGUGGUAAAUGUGACAAGCCUUUAACGAAACAGCAGUGUGGCUUGAGCUGUGAAGGACUUGUAAUUAACAGCUAGAAUUUUUCAAUUCAUUUAGAGUUGCCAGGUUUAGCAAAUCAAAUUGCAGAAUGCCCAGUUAGAUUUGAAUUUCAGAGCAAGUCUUUUUUUUUUUUUGAAGAAAAGUAUGUUGCAUGCAAAAUUCGGAGCUUAUUUAUACUGAAUUUUAUUCACUGUCUGAAAUUCAAAUUUAACUGGAAGUCCUAUGUUUUGUUAGCCCUAAAAUAUACUGAUAUGAAAAAGAACCACUUUUUGGGAUUGGGUUGUUUGGGUGAUAGAAAGGUGCAACAACAACAGAAAAGACACAGGAGACUUCCAAGCACGUGCAAAGCUGACAGAGUAUAUAUUGUCACCCUAACUGAAUACAAUUUUGAGGAAGUCACAUUUUGAUAUGAUUUCAAAUUUACAGAAAUGUUUCAACCAUAGUACAGAUAAUUUAUUUACAGUUACAAUUGUUCCUUUUUUGCGUUCUCCUUCCUGCUCUCUGUAGUUAUGCACAUAUACUAUUUUUCCCAACCCUUCGUUUAAAAGUUCCAGGAUCAUGCCCGUUAAACCAUAAAAACUUCAGUGGAUAACACUUACUAAUUUUCUAAAAAUGAUUUUAUCAGAAAACAAAAAAGUCCUGCAAUGCUGGGACCAUUAUACAGCAAGCCUUAGAAUAAGAAAUUUCAAGUUCCAGCCUAAAGUUUUUGAGUCUUUAUGUUUGAUCUGAAACAGUGAUAAUUUUGGUGUUUUGUUUUUCAAUACACAAAGUUUGUUUUCUUUGCCUCCUGAAAGCUGAACUGUAUUUUUGGGAGGCUUUCAUUAGUGAAAACUCUUUAUUGGGAAAAAAAUAUUUAAAAAGGUUUCAGACUUAAUAUCACGUGGGAAUUGAAGGGAAAAAGAAACCGUAUACCUCAAAUUCAGUGUGCCCUCUUUAUGUCUUAGCAGGUAAUGCAUGUUGGGAUGUCCCAGUGACAGGGAAGCGGGGUUUGUGUCUGGGAUGGUUCAGAAAUGCCAGUUUACAGUGCUGAAUAGUUCUGUUCUUUGCGACCCUAAGGCUUGGUACAGUGCCAGGUAUCUAGUUGGUAUCCAGUACAUCUUUGUUGGCUGCAGAUGUUGAAUGUGUAGUCGGGGUAUCUUACGGGAAUAAUCACAAACCCUGUGUGACAGUACGUGUCCCGUUUCCCUUUUCCACUCAUUUUCUCUGAAUAGGGCAGGAGGAAAACAAACAAAAAACAAAACAAACCAAGAAACUCCCUGAUGUCAGCCGGGCCUCUCGGAGGGCUGACGUGAUGGCCUGCUCCGUAAGGACGCUGUGUUCUGGAGAUACAGGCACACAGGCCUAGAUGGCCAUCGCGUGCACAUACCUCCCUCACACUGCAUGCCAUCCUUGUGUUCUGUUUUAAUAGCCCAUCUUUUCAAACCCUAUUCCUUUCACUUUGUCACCUCCCACUUGCUCCUUAAUUAAAAUCUGGUCUUUGGCUUUGCGGUUCUUACCAGUCUUUUCCUGUAAAGUCUAAAAUCCUAAUUCCGAAGCUGCAUUCAAAGCGGACUCUUGUUUGUCCUCUCUUUCUGAGUUUGAUGCUGCUCCCGUGUCCCUUCGGUAGCAGUGUCUUUAUUCCCUGGCACCUGACACUGCACACACACCCCUGGGCCCCUCCUUUGUGGCCUCUUACAAGUUUCCCCUGGGACUUCCUGCUUUCAGUCACUCUCCCCCUUCUCACACUUGGGUAAUGCCAAGGUAGUCACUGCUCAGCUCGCCUUUGUCCUUCACCAGGCGGUGGCACCGAAGGCUGCGUCUAUCUGUUAUGCUCCCAGAACAUCCUCUGAGCUUGUGUUUCUUACUUUGAUGAACUCCAGAAUCAUCUUUUUCUGAGAAUUCUGGGCGCCUUCCUAGCCUCUUUCCCCCUUUCCUCUGGCAUUUUACUGGUUUUCCCUUCUGAUGUGUCACUCUUACCAUUUGCACGGCUGUUACGGGCAGCGCAGAGCAGCAGCCUGCCUGCCGUCCGUUGUUUCACAGUAGUGCCGCGAGCACCUGCUCUUCAGUGACUUCCUGCACUGUCUAGGGAAAGACAGAUUCCUUUGCUCCGUAGACAGAUCCUUCUCAAAUGCAUUCCCCAUCCAGUGUUCUGAUAAAACAGACUUAAAAGAAUUCUUCAAAUGCCCCUACAGGGCCAGACCUCGCAUCCUGUUCCUGGCACCAAGUGCCCUGACCAUGCUGGUAAGGAGGAGAUUGUAAUGCCUUGCAGGCCCACUAGAAGCAUCUCCUCCGUGAAGUCCCCUGACUUCUUUCAUGUCAUCACUGUAAUUGCGACCUACCUCUAUUAUGACUGUACUGUACUGUUUUUGUAUUUUAAAGCCUCCUUUACUAGAAUGUGAGCUCCUUACGGGCAGGAAAAGGAACUGUUCAUCUGGGCGUCUCCAUGGCACAGCUGUUGGCUUAUGGACACUUAAUAAAUGUUGAGUAAACUGUUUAAAGUGA